AUGGCAUCGGCAGUUGGAAGUUUUGUGAGCAAUAUCUGGAAGGUCCACCGGCCUCUCUUUGAGCAGGAGGGCUACGAAGCCGAGCCAGUUGUCGAUGAUAAGCCUCCGGCCAAGCUGCCUGAUGCGGCCGAGGUGAGCGAUGAGGCUCGCGCCAACAUCAAGAAUGAUGACGAUGCCAAGCAAGUUGGUGUUGCCAUUGCCGAGGCAACUUAUGCACUGACUGGCAAGACAUGGUACAUUAUGAUGGCAUCACUCAUCGUUGCGUACUUUGUGUUUGCGUUGGACAACAUUACGACGUCAUCUUACCUUUACACUUCCGUGACCCAGGUUAAUGGUUCCUUCAAUGAUUAUUACACUGCAGCUGCGAUCCAAGGUGUAAUUGUCGGUGUUGCAAAGCUUGUGAUUGGCAAGCUCGCUGAUAUCUACGGACGUUUCUCAGCGUCAAUUAUCACUCUCUUCUUCUAUGUCUUGGGUUUCCUUAUCCUUGCUGUCUCUCAAAAUGCAGACACGCAGAUUGCAGGUAUCGCCUUUCAAUCGAUUGGCAACUCGGGUCUGCAGAUCGUAAUGUGGGUCAUUAUGGCCGACUUUUUGUCUGCACGGAUGAGGGCCUUUGCCAAGAAGAGUGGAUUGGUUCCGGUGCAUCCCUACCUCAGGCAUGGUUUCUUGCAUGGUGCAAAGGAGUUUAUCAUGGAUGCUGACAUCGGUGGUAUGGUCCUGGUGCUCGUGGGCUUCAUUUUCAUCCUGCUCCCUCUGAAUCGCGGUGGUAACCCCUCUUUCCAAGCCGGCUCUGUUGCUUGGAAGACCCCUUGGAUUAUCGCCUUGUUCGUGGUUGGUGGCGUGUGUCUCAUCGCUCUUCCAUUCUAUGAAAUUUACGUCUCGCCUCGCCCAUUCAUUCGUCGCCGCUGGCUUAACUCGGACGUGGUGUUGGCGAUGGUGAUUGCCUUUUUCGACUUUAUGACGUUCAACAUUUCGUUCCAGAUGCUAUUCCACGAUUUGGGCAUGCGACAGAUUCAGGCGUACAACGAUGCUGCCGAACAUGCGCUGUGGGCCGGUAUCGUUUUCUGCGCCUUUGUCCUGAUCUGUUCUCUGUUUGUCAAGGACUGGAUCCUUCCCCGUUCGCAGAACGUUGUCAGCGAUGAGCUGCCCGAAAAGAACCCCUUCCGCAUGGCGUCCGACAAUACUUACGACGGCGCAGUCGAGCAGGUGGAAAAGAGCAACGUCGUUCCUCCUUCGUACAACGAGUUCCCCCACACCGGUGAGAACGUUGUCUCGCAGGCCAACGAGAAUGUUGUCCAGCAGGGCAAGGAGAAAGCCAAGUAA